GGCGGCGGCAGCAGCGGGUGGGGGGGAAUGAGAAGUUGUUGAGGAGGCGCCUGGUGGGGAAGAUGGCGGACUUUCUGAAAGGGUUGCCAGUUUACAACAAAAGUAAUUUCAGCCGGUUCCACGCAGACUCCGUAUGUAAAGCAUCGAACAGAAGACCGUCGGUUUAUCUCCCCACGCGGGAAUACCCGUCCGAACAAAUCAUCGUAACAGAAAAGACAAACAUACUUUUGCGUUACCUACACCAACAGUGGGACAAAAAGAACGCAGCAAAGAAAAGAGACCCAGAACAGGUGGAUAUUGAAGGGGAAAACUCCGCUCCACCCCGCAAAAUCGCCCGGACAGACAGCCAAGAUAUGAACGAGGACACUUAAAACUCCCGCUUGUCUUCUGUGUUAAAUUUUACAGGCGCUUCCUGUGUGGGGUUUUUUGGGGUG